UCCUAUACUGCAUGACUCCAAAAGGAGAGGACCAAUCUUGACAAACAAUUGUCUUCUUGUGCGCGGUGUCUCUUUGACCAUAUAGCUGCGCAGCAUCCUCGCAUUUGCUUGACCGGUCUACUCUUGCACAUAAUAGCUGUAUCGACGCUCCAGAGGCGUGUCACACCAGCUUAUCAUCCGAGUAACGCUGGACUCACUUCUCCAUCAAACCGGCGCAUCAAGUCAAUCACAAGCAUGCCGGACUCCAGACGCAUUCACCAGCUUCAGCUUGAGUUGGCCAACCUGAAACGUCAUCGCGACCACGUGCGGCAGAUCCAUGCCGACCGUUUUACCCCGGUCGCCCGCGAGAACAUCGUUUCAGACUGCAGGGAUGCUGAUAGCCGUCUUCGGGAGUUGAACUCGCAAUUGCACCAAUACUCAGAGCAGCGACGCCUUAGCCGCGACGAGCGACACAGGCACCAACUACACGACCGGAUUGAAGGGACUAAAAGAAAUAUCCAAACCAUGAGGCACAACCUUGAAAGGCGCAAGCAGCGUUUGGCGGACCAUGACGAGCAUCGGCGCAAGAACGAAGCAGAUCAGCAUCAAACUAGAAUGAAGAUCGAUAGGAAACAGGAGGAGCUCAACCAUGUUCUGCGCCAGCGCUAGUCAAGAUGGUUGAGAUAGUAUGACCUCUCAUACAUGACUUUUGCUGGAGCUGGCUCUCUAGCUGUAGCCAAAGAGCUUUUAACCAUGAAUCCGAGAAUCUUCAAAAGCCACCUUGCGUAAUGGGAU